CAUAUGAAAUCAUCCUGAGUAUCUUGGGCUACAACAUGAUGCUUGGACGUCCGAUCAGCAAUUUGGCAGCAACCAUUCCAACGCGACAAACAAAUUGAGUCGAUGCCGCCACACCCGCCGGACGUGAACACACGGCCCGGCCCGAAAUCUUGACGACGUUUCUAGGCCAUAUAGGAGGCAGCUGGACAGUGGAAGAUCAGUUAAGAAGUCGAAAUGUUCAGCAUCUUUCUUUUCAAAAUGCAAGGGUGACAUGCCAGAGAAUCCAAGGCGCCAAAAUGAUCCGUGUCACGUGCGUGGAAUGACGUGAAUUCACAUGCCGGCCCGUGCGAUUUCUCCAAAUAGCAUUGUGGCUUGGGAGAUGCCGGCCAUCCAUUUCCCUGUAGUAAUCCGUCAUCAACCCACACCCAACCAUGCCAGCAGACCAAGAGAGGGAAAGCGCCGCGCAGCCGCUGCUGGCGAAUGAGAAUGCCGACUACGGUGCUAGCACUCCUGCGGGGCACGACCCAUCCCCCGUCGUUCCCGGCGGCUCCUCGUUCCGUCGCGACCUGGGGACACUCGAGGCCUUCGCCAUCGUCGUCAGCAUCGUCAUCGGCAGCGGCGUCUUCACCUCGCCCGGGUCCAUCGACGCCAACGUGCCGUCGCCGGGCGCCGCGCUGGCCGUCUGGCUCGUCGGCGGCCUGCUCGCCUGGACCGGCGCCAGCGCCCUGACGGAGCUGGGCACCGCCAUCCCGGGCGAGGGCGGCGUCCAGCCCUACCUGCAGUACAUCUUCGGCGACGUCGUCGGCUUCCUGGCCGCCUGGACCUGGGUCGUGGCCGUCAUGCCCGCCACCCUGGCCAUCCUCAGCAUCGUCUUCGUCGAGAGCAUGUACUCGGCCGCGGGCGUGACGGGCGAGGCCGACCGCCUGAGCCACAAGCUGCUGUCCGUCCUGGUGCUGGUCGCCGUGACGGCCGCCAACUCCAUCAGCACGCGCGCGAGCACGCGGCUGAACAACUUCUUCGUCGCCACAAAGUUCGCCAGCAUCGCGCUGGUCGUCGCCGCGGGCCUCGUGGUCGCCGUCCUCGUCGCGACCAAUCCUGCGCGCUGGCGGGACGCGAUCGGCGGCCGCGACUGGCGCGAGAGGCCCUGGUUCCGCAACCGCGACACGCCCACGCCCGGCGGAGGAACCAUCCACUGGGACGAUGUCGGCAGCUGGGAGAUGCUCGGCAACCUCUCUGCCGCGCUCUACGGCGCCCUCUGGGCCUAUUCCGGCUGGGACAAGGCCGUCUACAUCACGGCUGAGCUCUCGGCGCCGGCCCGCCAGUUGCCCCUCGCCAUCAACUCGGCCGUCCCCACCAUUGUGCUGUGCUUUGUGGCCACCAACGCGGCCUACUACGUUCUUCUUCCGUGGGAUGUCGUCUCUACUACAGACAGUGUCGCGGUGACUGCAAUCACCCGCCUCCUGGGUCCCAUCGGCGGCGUGGUCGCUGCCACCCUGAUUUGCCUUGUCGUGGCCGGCUCCCUGCUCGGAAACUCAUUCAUUGCCAGCCGCAUGGCCGUUGCCGCCUCUAACAAGGGCUGGCUUCCACGCGUCAUCGGCGCUCUUGGAUCUUUCGGUCUUUCAAGCGCAGCCCGCAACGACGACACCACUCCCGAUGCGCCCGAAAUCUCUGAGUCUGACGCUCCUAUCAACGCCCUUCUUCUAAGCACCGUGCUUUCCACCCUGUACAUUCUCCUGGGCAGCUUCCGGGCCCUUCUCACGUUCAAUGGACUCGGCGAGUACUCGUUCUUCUUCGUCACCGUCUGCGGCGCCAUUUACCUUCGCUUCCGCGAGCCAUCGCUGCCUCGCCCCUACCGCCCCUUGUUGAUCGUGCCCGUCGCCUUCGCCGUCGUUAGCGGGUUUGUCGUCAUGCGGGGCGCAGUGUUCGCGCCAAUCCAAGCCGCCAUUCUCGUUGCCCUCUGGAUCGUCGGCGUCCUCUACUACUUGGCCAGGCAGACCUGGGCCCAGCAGAGGGACGGCUGAGACAGCUGCUCCCGACACCGGCCGGGACAUCUACUCUCGCCCCCGGCUUAAUAGGUAGCUAUAUAUGGUUGUCGCACAUUCUGUUCGCGGCCCGCUGGAUUGAAUAACUUCUCAGCACCCAGGACACGUCCACCAUCCAGUUGGCUCGGCACUGAGCCAAGGGCUUUCAAGGGUACCGCUUUCGUGCGGCAGUUAGAGGCCAUGGCCGAGUGGUCACUCAUACCAUCAUAAGAAUGGAAUUCUUGGGUUUCCAGUCGUCCAUGGCCUUUCUCUGCCGCACGUAAGGGGUCUUCUUGCCAGUCCUUUGCUCCGUCGCUGGUCCGCCUGGAUGAUGGCCUUUAGAGACAUUAUCAACUAAAGCAUUACGGCUUCGAUUCCACGCUCCAUGCACGUAUGAUCUAAAGGUGCUGUUGCAAUAAUUUUGGCAUUUAACUUUGCAUUGCAGCGUGUACCUUUUAUCCCGCAGCCUGGGAGAGCCGGUCUUGCGAUUUAAUGGAGGUGAUAUAUGGAUGUGCAAUCGGGGGCUCCUUUUUCGGCCAAUGCCCACCCGCCUUGUUGGUGGCUAUGGGGGUUUGCCGUCUCUCCUCGUCUAUUUCUGUUAUCUGCUUCCACUAGACAUCACUGAGGCGAUUUAUAACUGCUCUAUGGACAAUGAGUAUGCCGAUCAUCACGGGUCCGGCAUCAAGAUAUCCAAGGCCCUCGCCGAAGACUUUGCGGCUAGCAGUGCUUAUAUCUUUGCUGUAGGAAGAAGGCUAAGCAUUUUGGAGAGCAUGGCUGUUUCCUACAAGCCUCGGCCCAGACUGGCAAAGAGACGGAGUCCAACCGGCAGUCCAAAUGGCUCUGCUCCUCGCAGGGUAGCCUAGUGCGCAUCCACCAAUAGACUUUACCUUGGUCUCCAUAUCCUCUUCCCGUCCAAGGUGGCCGGAAAUCCCACGGGGACCAAAUUCGAGCACCACGCGGGCGAGCAGGCAAGGUGAAGCGUCCAG